UACUAGUGCAGCGCCUGCGCUGUGUCACGGCGGCAGGCGGAAGAUGGCGGCGGCCCCGUCUAUCGAGAGGCGCUGCUGAGGGGGCGCGAGGGGGACGGAGGCCGGAGUCGCGGGAGAACUUGACAGCAGUCAUGGCAAGUGGCAGCGGGGACAGUGUCACCCGCCGGAGUGUGGCAUCGCAGUUUUUCACACAAGAGGAAGGACCAGGCAUUGAUGGCAUGACCACUUCUGAGAGGGUGGUAGAUCUUCUAAACCAGGCAGCGCUGAUCACCAAUGACUCAAAGAUCACAGUGCUCAAACAGGUCCAGGAGCUGAUCAUCAACAAAGACCCCACCCUGCUUGACAACUUUCUGGAUGAGAUCAUCGCUUUCCAAGCAGACAAGUCCAUUGAAGUGCGCAAGUUUGUCAUUGGCUUCAUUGAGGAGGCAUGCAAGCGGGACAUUGAACUGCUACUAAAACUGAUUGCCAACCUCAACAUGCUCCUGCGGGAUGAAAACGUGAAUGUGGUAAAGAAAGCCAUCCUCACCAUGACCCAGCUCUACAAGGUGGCCUUGCAGUGGAUGGUGAAGUCUCGGGUCAUCAACGAUCUCCAGGAGGCCUGCUGGGACAUGGUAUCCUCCAUGGCUGGAGAAAUCAUCCUGCUAUUGGAUUCUGACAAUGACGGCAUCCGUACACAUGCCAUCAAGUUUGUGGAGGGCCUCAUUGUCACCCUAUCACCGCGCAUGGCUGAUUCAGAGGUACCCCGACGCCAAGAACAUGACAUCAGUCUGGACCGAAUCCCCCGAGAUCACCCCUACAUCCAGUACAAUGUCCUGUGGGAAGAAGGCAAGGCGGCCUUGGAGCAACUGUUGAAGUUCAUGGUGCACCCUGCCAUCUCCUCCAUCAACCUGACCACAGCCCUGGGCUCCCUUGCCAACAUCGCCCGCCAGAGACCCAUGUUCAUGUCCGAGGUGAUCCAGGCAUAUGAGACUCUGCAUGCCAACCUGCCCCCAACACUGGCCAAGUCCCAGGUGAGCAGCGUGCGUAAAAACCUCAAGCUGCACUUGCUGAGUGUGCUCAAGCACCCUGCCUCCUUGGAGUUCCAGGCCCAGAUCACCACCCUGCUGGUGGACCUGGGCACCCCCCAGGCAGAGAUCGCCCGCAAUAUGCCCAGCAGCAAGGACUCCCGCAAACGGCCCCGGGAUGAUGCUGACUCCACGCUGAAGAAAAUGAAACUGGAGCCCAACUUGGGAGAAGAUGAUGAAGACAAAGACUUGGAGCCUGGCCCAUCAGGGACUUCGAAGGCCUCAGCCCAGAUCUCAGGCCAGUCAGACACGGACAUCACUGCUGAGUUCUUGCAGCCUCUCCUGACGCCUGACAAUGUAGCCAAUCUGGUUCUCAUCAGCAUGGUGUACCUGCCUGAGACCAUGCCUGCCUCCUUCCAAGCCAUCUACACCCCAGUGGAGUCAGCAGGCACCGAAGCCCAGAUCAAGCACCUUGCUCGGCUCAUGGCCACACAGAUGACAGCUGCAGGACUGGGUCCUGGUGUGGAGCAGACAAAACAGUGUAAGGAAGAGCCUAAGGAGGAGAAGGUGGUGAAGCCUGAGAGCGUUUUGAUCAAGCGUCGUCUGUCAGUGCAGGGCCAGGCCAUCUCUGUGGUGGGCUCUCUGAACACCAUGUCCCCCUUGGAGGAGGAGGUACCCCAGGCCAAGAGGAGGCCGGAACCCAUCAUCCCUGUCACACAGCCACGGCUGGCAGGCGCUGGUGGGCGCAAGAAGAUCUUUCGUCUGAGUGACGUGCUAAAGCCCCUGACGGAUGCCCAGGUGGAAGCCAUGAAGCUGGGCGCUGUGAAGCGGAUCCUGAGGGCUGAGAAGGCUGUAGCCUGCAGUGGGGCUGCCCAGGUGCGUAUCAAGAUCCUGGCCAGCCUCGUAACACAGUUCGACUCUGGCCUCAAGUCAGAGGUGCUGUCCUUCAUCCUGGAAGAUGUCCGGGGUCGCCUGGACCUGGCUUUCGCCUGGCUCUACCAGGAGUACAAUGCCUACCUUGCAGCAGGGGCCUCAGGCACUCUGGACAAGUAUGAGGACUGCCUCAUCCGCCUGCUCUCUGGCCUGCAGGAGAAACCGGACCAGAAGGAUGGGGUCUUCACCAAGGUGGUUUUGGAGGCCCCACUGAUCACCGAGAGUGCUUUGGAGGUGAUACGGAAGUAUUGUGAGGAUGAGAGUCGUGCCUACCUGGGCAUGUCGACACUUGGAGACCUGAUCUUCAAGCGACCUUCUCGCCAGUUCCAGUACCUGCAUGUUCUCCUUGACCUCAGCUCUCAUGAGAAGGACAGGGUGCGCUCCCAGGCCCUACUCUUCAUUAAGCGCAUGUAUGAGAAGGAACAGCUUCGAGAGUAUGUGGAAAAAUUCGCCCUCAACUACCUGCAACUCCUGGUGCACCCCAACCCGCCCUCAGUGCUCUUCGGAGCUGACAAGGACACAGAGGUGGCCGCGCCCUGGACCGAGGAGACAGUGAAGCAGUGUCUUUAUCUCUAUCUGGCUCUCCUGCCUCAGAACCACAAGCUGAUCCACGAGCUGGCAGCCGUGUACACUGAGGCCAUCGCCGACAUCAAGCGGACAGUGCUGAGGGUCAUUGAGCAGCCGAUCCGAGGGAUGGGCAUGAACUCACCAGAGCUGCUACUGCUAGUGGAAAACUGUCCCAAGGGGGCAGAGACGCUGGUCACCCGUUGCCUGCACAGCCUUACGGACAAAGUACCGCCAUCCCCAGAGCUGGUGAAGCGGGUCCGAGACCUGUACCACAAGCGGCUGCCUGAUGUGCGCUUCCUCAUCCCUGUGCUCAAUGGGCUGGAGAAGAAAGAGGUGAUCCAGGCCCUGCCCAAGCUCAUCAAACUCAACCCCAUUGUGGUGAAGGAGGUCUUCAACCGCCUGCUGGGCACCCAGCACGGUGAAGGGAACUCAGCCUUGUCCCCCCUGAAUCCGGGAGAGCUGCUGAUUGCACUGCACAACAUUGACUCUGUGAAGUGUGACAUGAAAUCCAUCAUCAAAGGAACUCAAGGAAGCGGAGCCCAUGGAGCAAGCCAGAGGCUCAAGGGCCUCUGUUAGCAUGAGCAGAAGCCAGGCCUGAGUUGAGGCAACAGAGGACCCCACAGCGGGGGCUUGGUGACAGUCUGGCAGGCCCCUCUGCCCUGGCUGUUCAGCAUCCCUCUGAGCCAGGCUCUCCCUUGGUGCCAUAAGCCCACUCCUGGCACUCAUGAGGCUCUUGGUGAGUAUGGUGUAGAUUAGGGCCCAGUGUUCACAGAAGCUAGCUGUGUAACACAGCCUGAGCCCAACUGGACCCCAACCCAGCCUCCCCUGCGAAGACACCCCAUUUUCCUUUCUUCCCUUCCCCAGAGAUUUCUGGGCCAGCAUCAGCUCUGUCCUAGGAUGGGGCCCUUCCUGUCAUCCUGUCCUCCAACCUCUGCUCACUUUUACUUGGGCCUCUCUCUGUCCCUCCGCGUUUCCUGUUCUGGGUGAAGUAGCUUCUCCAGGGACUGCUUUUCUUCCUCAACAGUCCUAACGGGAUGGGCCUGUGAAGACAGAACAGAGGAGGCUGCAGGCCCAGGGGAAGGGUUCAGGGACAGGUCUCAAAAGUUGUGGUCCAGGGUUGUGGACUUUGGACACACACACGCACACACAUUUUCUUUGACCUUUUACCAUGCUGGGAGUGGACCGGGAGCUUCAGGUGUGGCAGGCAAGUGCUCUACCAAACCCUCACUUUAGGUGCAAUGGGAGCGAUCCUGCUUCUGUGCAGAAAUUGGAGACACACGCACAUGCACACACAGCCGUCUGGGAUCCAGAAUAGAAGUCCAGUCACAGAGGGAAGAAAGGGGCCUGACAAAAGCUACACAGGUGGCUAGUAGCCAGGGGUCUACCUUGUACAGUACAAUCCCCUUUUUGGAUUGCUGGGCCCCAGCUUCCCACAGCCCUCACUACAUCUCAUCUGUCUGCUCCUGUGAAAUCCUGCCCUCCCAACACAGUGCAGGGUACACGGCUGGGACACUGAUGUCCCUGAUCCAGCCUAGCUGGGACUCGGGAAGGACAUGCUGAAGUGGGUCCAUCCAGAGCAGGACCCACAGCGAUGAGGUGAUAGUGAGCUGAACCUGGUCAGAGCUAGGACCAAGUAGAGCUUCCAGGUGAGAGAGAAACUGGCCUUGGUCUCAUGCAGCCCUCUAGGAUGGAGGACACUUUGGGCUGCCAAGUAGAAAGAGUGAGAGGGUGAGUGGGAAGCACAAGAAGAGACUGGGCCCCUUUGGGUAGCACUGGGGCACGUCUGCAUAGAGGAGCAGACCCCUCCUCAGGUUCUGGCAGGCCUCUCUCUUCUGCCUUGCAGCCUGUGCAUCUUCUACAGUGUCCACUCCUCUCUCUUAGGGCUUCCUCCUUACAGGACCACCCUCCCCUCUAUUGGCCUCUCAGAUUUGUGGGGUGGGGGAACCCUUUCUUCUGGCUCAAUAAAGACUUCCUGGUUGACACA